AUGGAUAGCCGUGUCAAAUAUUUGGACGAGCUUUUUCUGGCGCUUAAAACGUCGCGUGAGGCGAAUAAAACGGAAUCCAUCGAUAACUCUAGCCAAGGUGAAUUUCCACCCAGGUACCGACGAGGAGAAGCUGUGAAGGCUUCAAAAGUGGCCAAGACACUCAUCAGAAACUUGAGGGAACCAGGAAUACGAAGUGGAGCGUUUGAAAAAUCAAUUCAGGUAUUAGACCUGCUUUAUCGUGCUCAACCUUACUUACUUCAAUGCGAUGAGCCAAGCGAUGAAAACAACAUAGGCAUUGAAUGGGCCAUUAAUCGUGCGCUCGAAAUUUCCCUGAUUCACUGGAAUAAUAAAGCGUAUUUAUGGCUGCUUCACAGGAAAGUGGCCGAAUGGUGUGCGUUCACGGUAGGGUAUUAUGGAUCUCGCUGGAAAUUAAGACUCACAAAUUAUCUUCUCGAUAAUUUAGCGGAUGUUCAGUCCACUAUCACAGGGGUGCUGUCCGGAAACAGCACGUUUAAUGAGUUUGUCACAGCAGUUCAAAAAGCGCUGAUAAUUUGUGAGUUCUGCCAUACGCGGGAAAUGCAAAAGUCCCUGCUUUUGAUCGAUGUAGAAGUUGAUACGAAUAAAUGGGAUCUGAUAUACGAACGAUUUGUCAGAAUAACGCUUUACGUGCAUGAUUCGCUAUAUUUUGAAUUCGAGACAGCGGUUGACCUGCGUUUGAGACUAGUGGAGUCGAUUGUUUCAUAUGUCAUGUUUCGAGCUACAAAGUACCGCAUUUAUGGCCGCCAUCUAACCAUGGGAUCCCAUUUAACAUUUGCCAUCGAGGUUCUUCGAAGCUUCUUGUUUAAUGAAUACAAAAUUAAUGACAAGCAGGAUCGAGAUUUUGCGAAAAGCCUCUUACGCCUUUAUUUACUCUCAAUGACCAAUGAUGCGGGCCGCCAAUGUUUCAACAACCAGUUGCCAUUUAGAGAUUGGAACGGGUUAGACAUUAUGGCCAAAUGGAUUCCGUCGGCUGGUGGCGCGACACACAAGGCACUCCAACUGAUACACUUUGACCUCAAGAGGAGAAAAUGUUCUUCGCUUGGUUUGAAGCGUGAAUUCGGUGUUAUUCUUUUGAAGGAAAAGGGCUUUUCCGAAAUACAGCGAGACAUUCUCUUGCCUUACGGUCAAAGUAGACAGUUAGAAAACAUGCGAAAGAAAAUACUCCGCUCGUUUGACUUGCCCGAGGCCUGCAUUUUUCAAAAGGACCUCAAGGAACUAGGUAUAAUGCUCGACAGAUUCACUGAUAGUGAGACACUAUUCUCUGAGAUCGACAAGCGGCUUGAACUUUUAUCAAAGACUUAUACGAGACGUGAAGCAAUUAUUGCGCUAAGGCUAGUAGGUCGACUAGCCUGUUUUGAGAGCAUGAGUAUUUGUAAGUCUAAAGGUUAUGACAUAUGUCGAUUAUGUGAUGCACUUAGCGCCGAAGCACCGCUGAAGAGUCUAAGUUUGAGCAGACCAGUUGUGAGUGAAAGGGUACUAUCAUUCGAAUUGCUUCGACGUCAUUUUUUGAUGCCAGCUAUCAUUCAGAAUCUCGAAGCAUCAACAUUGUCAGCUCUCGUCAUGACACUUCGCAAAGUGUUUACGCAUUUCAGGCCUCCAAGACUUAGCUUGGAGCAAAACAUGGUUAUUGAUGCCUCGCACUCAUUUGAGGUCUUGCAAAAAGCUUGCAGCAGUCACAACAGAACACCCCGUGUAUUUGCAGUCAUUCUCCUUUCGUUAUGGAAUACAACUGAGGAAGAAAAUGGUGACGAUCAUCAAACGUCCGUGCUUAUUCAGUUUAUACAGCUGAUAUCAGUUCCUCAAUUUACCGAGACUAAUUUGAUGUCGUGGGCUCAAUUAACACUGACAACGCAAGGUGAAGGUUUCGAUGCUCUACUUUUAAAGUUGACGGAUAUCUUUAACUCGAGUAACUUCGCGGAGCGAUCCGUAAUGGCACAUGAAUUAAAGUACCUUUCGCAUUUACAAGCAAAAACCACAUAUCAGCUUCUUUCUCCAAUUUUGCCGGUGCUUUUACGCCAGCUCAGUAAGCACCUAAGUGAUCGCAAACUAAAUUUAGAGCGAUUAGCUCAAUUCGUGGAUUAUCCAGUCAAAACGAUACUGGAAAAUUUCCAACGCUACAUUAUACCAUACGCCAUUACUCACUACAAAGAUGACGUGAUGACGGAGGUUGCUAAAAUCCUGUCCAAUAAUGAAUCCGAUUCUAUACCAAAGCAAAAGGAGAGGCUCUUGGACAAAAAUAGCCGGCAAAUAUUUGCGGUUGCUUUAGUCAAACAUGGACUAUUUUCUUUGGAUACUAUUGAAACUCUUUUUUUAAACUGCGUGCCGACUUUUGAUAAGGGUUACGUCGCAGGCUAUCUACCAGAUUACAAAACGCUCGCAGAAAUACUCAAGCUAUUCAAGAAUUCGAUACAGUCUAGCCCCACUGCAAAAGAAAAUGAGAAGAUGGUACUGAAUGCCCUGCGGUUCUUACUGACUAAUUUUGCAAGCGACAAAAAAGGGCCUUCCAAAUACAAAAGCGGCACUAAUUGGAGCGAUGAACAAGAAUCGUUUUUUCAACAGAAAUUACAAGAAAAUAUUCUUGGCAUUUUCCAAGUUUUUUCGAGCGAUAUGCAUGACGUCGAAGGAAGAACGACUCAUUAUGAGAAGAUUCGCGUGAUUAAUGGAAUUUUCUUUCUUAUAAAACACGCUUGCUCCAAUUGCAUAAUUUCAGCCUUAGCCCAAAUCAGCAUAUGUUUACAAACAGCUCAAGAGGUUCGUGAAAUUAUGUGUCACGCACUAAGAUGCUGGCUCUUCCUCAUCAAGAAGUUGAGUGAAGAGCAGCUGUUAACGGUAAUUGAUAGUUUUUUCUCUUUCUGUCUGCAAAGGUGGGGCUCAUUCGACUUUAAGUCGAAAAUUCUUGCCAAAGAGAUAUUGACUUCUUUGAUUGCGGAGAAAGGAAGCCUUAUUUUUGUGUCACGGCCCUAUAUCACAUCUGCACUUGUUAAUAAAUCAGAGCUAAACAUCCUGGAAGAUAACAAGCAAUUUGCACGAAUGGUCAAUAAGGUUCUCUCUAACACCAAUUGGUAUGCCGAGUAUUCCUCAAAUUUGAAGAGUUGCAAUAAAUAUGUUAUCAAGCAAACACUAACGGACGUCAAAAUUUUUCUUGAGCGGACAGCGAGCGACGAGCUCAACGAGGUAGGAAAGGCUGGAAAUUCUUUAGGCAUUUCGCAGCUAUUGGGAAGCUUAAUGAAUACGGCCCAUAAGUUUAGAGUGAGCGAUUACUUUAUCUGUGAAUGUGCCGCAGAAUGCAUAGCACUAAUCGGAGCGCUUGACGUGACAAAAUACGUAUUACCGCGGGAGACUGUUUACAUGGAAGAAGUUUUUGAUCUUAACAAUUAUGCGCAAGUUGUUAAAUUCUUGAUGAGAAUAAUGGACAAAAUUUUGGUUCCUGCAUUUUGGGAAAGUGAAAAUCCAACAAAGCAGCUUUUUGUUGCCCUAGUCAUGCAGGAGUCCCUCAAAUUCUGUGGCUUGAGCUCUGUUUCAUGGGAUGUUAGCAAACCGGAGUUAUAUCCAAAUGAAAACAAGCUUUGGUCGAGAUUUAAUGACGUUUCCAAAACAACUCUCUAUCCGUUAAUGUCGUCACUGUAUUUGGCUCAAUCAUGGAAGGAAUAUGUGCCACUACAAUACCCCUCGUUUAACCCGCGCGAGGCUUACCAUGUAUGGAUUAGGAACCUGACGUUAGAUCUCUUAAAGCUAGGGACAGCGGAAGAUCAUCCUUUGCAUGUUUUUUCCUCUCUUAUAAGAGAGGAUGAAGGUCUAUUUUCCGAGAAUAUUCUUCCAUAUGUCGUUAUGGACAUCUUAUCCAUGACCGGAGAUCGGCUACCGUCAGACGCUCUAAUAAAAAAUCUCCAAAUAGAGUUUCGGCAUAUUUUUGAUUAUGAUAUUCAGAAUCUUAACCACUUUCAAUUCGAUUGCAUCAAAAUGUGUUAUGGAACCAUAUUUAGAGUUUUUGAAUACUGCAAAAAGUGGGUCACACAAUUUAAACACAACCAUAACCGAUUGAAUGGAACGUACAUCAUCAAAGAGCCGAAACAUCUCAAAAUUUUGGCUAGAAUUGAUGACUUUUUAUCGAUCAUUCCUUAUGGCCGUUUGGCACAAAGAUCGCUACAAACAGACUCUUUUGAGCGAUCGGCGUUGUAUAUGGAAUUGUCGUACAGAUCUAAGGAUGAAGGAUUUUUUGAUAGUGAUGAAUUAUUGCUCAAUCUGAAAACAUGCUAUGCCGAAAUCGGCGAUAUCGACGCAGUAGAAGGAGUGCUAACAACCUUCUCUAGCGGCAGUAUUGAAGCCAAAAUUGAAGAAUUACAGUAUUCCAACAAUUGGAAGAUGGCUCAGGAAUGCUAUGAAGCUUUGGGCCAAUAUUCACAGGUUUUGCUUCAGCCUGAGGAGAAGACGCUCACAGCCAACACGAAACUUUUAAAAUCUAUGUUCAGGCAUCAACAAUAUGAUCAAAUUCUUGAAAGGCUGAAUCUUUUACUCCCUAAGCCCAGUAAUGCUCUUCCAUCGCUGGACGAUGGAUGGUACUCGAUGGGGUUAGAGUCUGCAUACCUCAGCGGUAAAUACUCCGAGCUGAGGAAAUGGUUGAAAAAGGUAGAAACCUUGAAGUCGAUACACGAUCCCAUCCUUUUGAUGCAUUAUCACUUCGGGCGUGCAUUCUCUUUGAUCGAAGAACGUAAUAGAGAGGGCGCCUUAAAGGCCAUCAAAGACUGCUUCCGUAUAGUGGGCGCGCAUUUUUCGAAUACAUCAGGCCAUACCACUUUGUUGAAAAGAAGAGAGACGCUGUCCAGGCUGCAUGCUCUUUACGAUUUCUCUUUUAUGAGUACAAGCGAGGGAUCUUACGAUUUGAAAGACGAUGGAUCUCGUUUGAAUCGGCGUUUGCUUCGGAUAGGCCCAGAUUUUGAACCGCGCUUUUACCUGCUUUCCGCCAGAAAAGCUUAUCAACUAAUGACUAUCAAGAAAAAUGACGCCAGCGAUCUUGCUGAUACAUACUUCAGAAUUGCCCGUCUUUCCAGAAAGAAUUCUAGACUUGAUUUAGCCUGUGAGUCUUUGAUGCAUGCCCUUCAAUUACACCAUCCUUCAGCAGAGCUCGAAUAUGCGGAAGUGUUGUGGAAAAAAGGCGAGAAUGACAAAGCAGUAAAAUUAGUGAGUGACUUACAACAAAGAUAUCAGAACGAUCAUUCGGUGAGCUCACGCGAGAGGGCUAAAAUUCUUCUCAAAUUCACGAUAUGGCUUGAUUUAUCGAACAACUCUAUUUCUGAACAGAUCAUCAGGCAGUACAACGAGGUCAUAGCAAUUGAUCCGAAAUGGGAUGAGCCCUGUUAUUCCAUGGGGUUAUACUUUAGUAGGCUUCUGGAGAAGAAGAAUGCGGAAGGCUAUGUCACAAGCGGGAGAUUCGAAAGCCGCUCUGUAUGUUACUUCUUACGCGCGUUUGAAAAGAACACCUUCAAAGUCAGAGAAACGCUCCCGAAGGUUGUAACUUUUUGGUUGGACACCGCUUCCCUGUAUGCCAGUGAAAGCAGUAACUCAAGAAAAGCGGUUCUCAAAAAAUCGACAGAAGAUAUAUGCAGAAGUAUCGAGUCUGCGAUCAAAAACUGUCCCAUUUUCAUAUGGUAUGGCGUGUUGACUCAAUUAUUGUCAAGGCUCUUACAUCCGCACAGGCCCACGGUUCAGCUCAUUGUUAAAAUUCUGCUGAAUUUGUCAUUAGAGUACACAACUCACAUGUUGUGGUACAUUUCUGCUCUCAAAAACUCCUCUUCAGACUCAAGAGCUGCAAUUGGGGCGCAAAUUUUAGAACAGUUUGCUAAAAGCGCCCACGAUGGCCCUACUCUAUCGACAGUGUCGGAUGAGUUGGUCAAACAACUUACGAAUGUCUGUGUGAAAGAUGCAAAAACCUCAACUAGCCGCUCUGGGAGAUCUCUGGAGAAGGACUUUGACUUUCCUUUGUCAAUUGCACCCUGCGCCCUGGUUGUUCCCGCUAAUAUCAACUUAGAGAUAGUAGCACCCAUUUCUGCGACUUCGAUGGCUAAAUAUAAUCCAUUCCGGCCUCAGAUUACUAUAUCUAAAUUUGGGGAAUCUUAUAAGGUCUUUUCAUCGCUCAAAAAACCAAAAAAGUUGAAUGUUACCGGGUCCGACGGAAAGCUUUACGAGAUUAUGUGUAAAAAGGAAGAUGUUCGUCAAGAUAACCAGUACAUGCAGUUUGCCACAACUAUGCAUUUUCUUUUGAAAAAGGAUUUCGAAUCGAGGAAGAGAAAUCUCAGUAUAACCACUUACGCUGUUCUGUCAUUAAGAGAAGAUUGUGGAUUGAUAGAAAUUGUUCCGGAUGUUGUGACACUGAGAUCUGUGCUUGCUGCGAAAUAUGAAAGUUUGAAGAUAAAAUUUAGCUUAAAAUCGAUGCAUGAAAAAUGGCAAACUCUGGUGGAGGGUGAGAAACUCGAAUUUUUUUUGGGGCUGACGAAGACUUUUCCACCUGUACUUUAUCAGUGGUUCCUUGAAACUUUCCCGGAUCCAGUAGCUUGGUGUCAGGGCAGAAACAUUUUUGCUAGAUCAUAUGCUGUGAUGGGAAUGGUGGGCCACAUCUUGGGAUUAGGUGAUCGGCACUGUGAAAAUAUCCUUCUUAAUGUUAAUUCGGGGAAGGUUUUGCAUGUCGAUUUUGACUGUCUAUUCGAGAAGGGCAAAAGGCUUCCAAUUCCUGAAAUAGUUCCAUUUCGAUUAACUCAAAAUUUGCUGGAUGCUCUUGGGAUAACUGGAACAGAGGGAACUUUCAAGAGAUCAAGCCAAGUGACAUUAGAACUCAUGAGAGGCAAUGAACUCGCGUUGGUUAACAUAAUAGAAACAAUAAUGUAUGACAGAAACAUGGACCACUCGAUUCAAAAAGCGUUGAAGGUCAUUCGUAACAAAAUAAGGGGUAUUGAUUCACGGGAUGGCCUUAUUUUGAGCGUUCCAGGUCAAGUCGAGACAGUAAUUCAGGAGUCAACGUCAGCGGAAAAUUUGAGUAAAAUGUAUAUAGGGUGGCUACCAUUUUGGUGA